AAUAUUUUAUAUUGUUCAAAUUUCAGAAAUCACCUGUCAACACCUCCAUUCAAAUCCAAUAACCAGAAAGUCCAUACACCGAGAGAGAGAGAGAGAGAGAGAGAGAGUAGACUAGUUUUUAUGUCUUAAAAGGAGAAAAUCCAGAAGACAAUGGUGAACCCAGAAAUGUAAACAAGAAAACAAUUAAAACCCAGUAAUGUAAUGCCAGAGAAGAAGCUGAGUUUUCAAGAUUACGAUGUCGUUUUCGCCAAAGAAACCAACUACUGAACCUAACCCUAAUCCAACAUUGAAGAAGAAGAGGCCACCAAGCUGGUCAGAUUUCUGGCUCAAAAAUACUAAACCUUUAAAACAUGUAGUCUUUGCUAUGCAACUCCAGUCUCUUGCUAGCCCAACUCCCACCAAUGAUAAAGACUCCAAAACCAAAAACAUAACCAAAACCAAAGACCAAACCCUAAUCUCCAACUUCUCCAACAGUGACCGUACACUUCUCUUAAGCGACGAGCUUCUCUUAAAAAUCCUCUCUACACUACCUGAUACGCAGAAAAACCAUAACUUUCUUGUUUGCAAGCGGUGGCUAAACGUCCAAGGCCGUCUUGUACGGUCCUUAAAGGUUUUAGAUUGGGAGUUUAUUGAAUCUGGUCGUUUAAUUGCAAGAUUCCCAAAUCUAACCCAUGUGGAUUUGAUGAAUGGAUGUAUUAUUACUCCUCAUAAUUCUACUCUUUGGUUGAACCACAGGGUGCUUUCUAUGCAGAUAGAUUCUGGGGUUCUUGGGUUUGUUCCAAAUUGGAAUAUUUGUGAGCAGAAUUUGUUGCCUGUUGAUAUAGUUGAUAGAGGGCUUAAAGCAUUAGCGUGUGCUUGCCCUAAUCUGAGGAAGCUUGUGGUGAUUGGUGCUAGUGAAUUAGGUUUGUUAAGUGUAGCUGAGGAGUGUUUAACUCUGCAAGAACUUGAGUUGCAUAAGUGUAAUGAUAAUGUCUUGCGGGGGAUUGCUGCGUGCGAAAAUUUGCAGAUCUUGAAACUUGUAGGAAAUGUGGGUGGUCUCUAUAGCUCUUUGGUUUCAGAUAUCGGGUUAACUAUUUUAGCUCAAGGUAGCAAGAGAUUGGUGAAGCUUGAGCUUAGUGGAUGUGAGGGUAGCUUUGAUGGGAUUAAGGCAAUUGGGCAGUGUUGUCAAAUGCUUGAGGAGUUGACAUUUUCUGAUCAUAGGAUGGAUGAUGGAUGGCUGUCUGCAAUUUCAUAUUGUGAAAAUUUGAAAACCUUGAGGUUUUUGUCAUGUAAGAAGAUUGAUCUUCAUCCAGGGCUGGACGAGUUUUUGGGUUCCUGUCAAGCUCUUGAGAGGCUGCAUUUACACAAGUGUCAAUUGAGGGAUAAAAGAAGUAUUAGAGCUAUGUUUAAGGUCUGUCAAGGUGUUAGGGAAAUUGUUUUUCAGGAUUGCUGGGGAUUGGACAAUGAUAUGUUCAGCUUUGCAAGCAUUUGCAGGAAGGUAAAGUUACUAUCUCUAGAAGGAUGCUCCUUGCUAACAACACAAGGCCUGGAGUCUGUACUUCUAACUUAUAACGAACUUCAACAUCUGACAGUGCGGUCCUGCAAGCGCAUAAAGGAUUAUGAAGUCUCUCCUGCACUUUCAACCUUGUUCUCUGGUCUCAAAGAGUUGAAAUGGAGGCCAGAUGCCAAAUCCCUUCUGGCGCCCAGUCUUGUAGGGACUGGCAUGGGAAGGAAAGGUGGCAAGUUUUUCAAGAAGUCGCAAACCCUGAAGCUACUGUCUGAUGAUUGGCAUCCGCACUUCGACCAUACCUGGAUGAUUCAUGCAGCCACUGGAAAUACUGUACUUCGAUAGUGGGAUUUCUGUUAUUCAUUCAAGCUGGCUAGCUAGCAAGUAUAAUACUGAGGUUGUUCUUAUUUUGCAAGCAGCUUGAUACGAUUGCAAGGAAGUUUGGCCCUUCCCGUGCACAUUAGGCGCUCCGUACAACAGGUUGACGAGUUCAUGAAGGCAAAGACUAUGCCUUUAGGCGUUUAUCAUCUGCCGAUCCUUGUUCCUAUAUUGUAAUUAGACCCAGAUUACAAAUUAGAUUAGAAAAUAACCAUCCAAGUAUACACGCAUAUGCAGCUUGCUUUUGUUCUCCACCUUAUCAAUCUCUAGCACGCAGAAUGUUGUAAUUUGCUAAAUUACUCUGAGAACAGUUUGUAAGAGUUGGUAUGAUCCAUCCUCAGUUGAUGACUGUUAAAUCCACUGUACAGAUUGUGAGGGCUGAUUAAUUUCCUGGCAAUAUAUCAACUCAAGUAAAUUGAUUUCUGGA